CGUCACGUUCAGUUUGUAUAGUUAAGUAAAGGCUUAUAAGAUACAGAAUAUGUGCUUACGAUUAUAUUUAUUAAAAUAUUUGACUCUUCAUCACUUGUUGAAUUAUGUUACUCGUUCAAAAUUCAAUUCGGGAAUACAGAGUAGAGAGGAAAUGAAUGACAGAAAGUCUACAUGCUUUAGAUGAACAUAUAAUUCACUUAUACAGCGCUGGAAGAUGCAGGAAAGUAGUUUUAAUGAAACUCACGCGUUCGAAGAGGGAAUGCAAGACGUGGGGAACGGUUGGAAUGAAAAGGCAGCAGGACAGAGGUUGAAUAUUACACCUGUACAGGCUGCUUCAGAGGAAGUUGUGAUAAGUGGCGUGUCGUGUAGACUACCACUGUCUGACAACAUGGACGAGUUCAAAGCAAAUCUCAUGGGAGGAGUUGAUAUGGUGACAGAGGAUGACUCUAGAUGGAAAGCUGGUUUAUACGGCCUGCCAAAGAGGAGCGGAAAAUUGAAAGAUUUGUCAAAAUUUGAUGCAUCAUUUUUUGGCGUACAUCCAAAGCAAGCUAACAGUAUGGAUCCACAGUUACGGAUAUUAUUGGAGCUUACAUACGAAGCUAUUGUUGAUGCAGGUGUAAAUCCAGAGGAUAUCAAGGGCUCAAGGACAGGGGUGUUUAUAGGUGCGAGUGCAUCUGAGAGUCAUGACGCCUGGUCUAUGGAGAUAGAGAAUACGGUUGGAUAUGCCAUGACAGGAUGUACACGGUCAAUGUUUGCUAAUAGACUUUCAUAUUUCUUUGAUUUUAAAGGGCCCAGUUACUCAAUUGAUACAGCAUGCUCAUCAAGUUUAAUGGCCCUGGAUCAGGCAUUACAUGGUAUUCGUUGUGGACAGUGUGAUGCAGCCAUUGUGGGCGGAACUCAGCUUUGUUUAAAUCCUGCUAUUGCAAUGCAAUUUAUGAAACUUGGUAUGCUGUCACCUGAAGGAAUGUGUAAAUCGUUUGAUACUGAUGGCAAUGGUUACUGUAGGAGUGAGGGUAUACUAGCAGUAUACCUUCAGAAACAUGCUGGUGCUAAACGGAUAUAUUGUACACUGGUUCACUCAAAAACAAAUAGUGAUGGAAACAAACAGCAAGGUAUAACAUUUCCAUCUGGAGAUAUUCAGAGGAAGCUACUUAAGGAAGUAUACAGCGAGGCAUGCAUUGACCCGACCCUAGUGUCUUAUGUUGAGGCCCAUGGAACAGGCACGAAGGCUGGAGAUCCACAAGAAGCCAUUGCAUUGUGCGAUGUAUUUUGUAAGAACAGAAAAGGGCCACUUCCUAUUGGAUCAGUGAAGUCAAAUCUGGGACACACUGAACCAGCAUCAGGUCUAGCAGCUGUGGCCAAGGUGAUUGUUGCUAUGGAGGAAGGAACCAUCCCUGGCAACCUGCAUUAUCGUUCACCUAACGAAGAUAUUCCUGGCUUGGCUAAUGGGAAACUUGAAGUAGUCGAUCACAACAUGAAAUGUGAUGUUGGACUCGUUGGGGUGAACUCAUUUGGUCUCGGAGGUUCAAAUGUCCACACCAUCCUUCGGUCAAACAAAUGUGCUGAAAAAUGUUUGAUUGAAGGUUGUGAGAAGAAAAGACUGUUUUUAUACAGUUCGAGGUCGGAAGAAGGUUUGAAAGAAACCUUACAGAAAGUCAAGUGUUAUCCAAAUAAUUUACAUUUACAUGCUUUAAUGAAUGAGACUGCCCAUUUAUCGUCUGCUACAAAUCCUUACAGGGGGUUUACAGUACUGAAUGGCACAGGAGAAAUACAUAUACAGAAAGCAAGUUUAGAAAAACGACCAGUGUGGUAUGUAUUUUCUGGAAUGGGAACACAGUGGCAUGGUAUGGGAAGGCAGAUGAUGGAAAUAGAUGCGUUUAGAACUUCAAUAUUACAAUCAGAUGCAACACUACAGCCAUAUAAUAUGAAUCUGUACGACAUGCUAAUGAAUGAGGGAGAAGCUACCUUUGAAAAUAUCAUGAACUCAUUUGUCGGAAUAGCUGCAAUUCAAGUUGCUCUAGUAGAUGUUCUAACAACCCUGGGUAUUAGACCAGAUGGAAUUAUCGGUCACUCUGUGGGAGAGCUUGGCAGUGCAUAUGCCGAUGGAAGUAUGAUGGCACAGGAAACAGUUUUAGCAGCAUAUUGGAGAGGUCGAUGUGUACAGAAUGCUAAACUUCCACCAGGAGCGAUGGCUGCAAUCGGUCUAACGUGGCAAGAAGCACUGGAACAGUGUCCAGUCGGUGUGAUACCAGCCUGUCACAAUGCAGAGGACACAGUUACUAUUUCUGGCCCAAGGGAUAUCGUCAGAAACUUUGUCAAAGAACUGAAAGAGAAACAGAUAUUUGCAAAAGAGGUCAACACAGCUGGCGUGGCCUUCCAUUCAUACUACAUGAAGGAUGUAGCAGCAUCACUUAAAACUGCACUAGAUAAGGUUAUUGAGAAUCCAAAGGAGAGAUCAGCGAGAUGGAUCAGCUCUUCUAUCCCAGAAAGCAACUGGUCCUCUGAUCUUGCAAGGUUCUCUUCCGCAGACUAUCAUGUAAACAACCUUGUCAGCCCAGUGCUUUUCCAGGAAGCUUUGAAACAUGUACCACCAAAUGCUGUAGUCAUCGAGAUAGCUCCUCAUUGUCUUCUUCAAGCCAUAUUGAAGAGAUCACUUUCCACAUCCUGUUGCAUUGUGGGACUGAUGAAGAGAGCACAUGAGAAUAAUGUCGAAUUUUGCCUCUCAAAUCUCGGAAAGUGUUACCAGCAUGGAGUAAAACUAAAUUCCCUGAAGCUCAUUCCCUCUAUUUCCUUCCCUGUCCCUAGAGGAACCCCAAUGGUGUCACCUUUUUUGAAGUGGGACCAUUCGCAGCGUUGGAAUGUUGCUACAGCUGACAUGUUCAUUGGAGGAGGAGCAAACUCAGCAAACGCGUGUGGUUUCGAUAUUGAUAUAUCACAUGAGUCUGAAGAUAGGUACCUUACGGGACAUAAGAUAGAUGGCCGCGUCCUUUUUCCAGCUGCUGGAUAUUUGUUAUUGGCUUGGAAAACAUUAGCUAAAACAGAAAGAAAGCAGUAUGAUGAGUUAACAGUGUUAUUUGAGGACUUCGACAUUCACAGAGCCACUUUCUUGCCAGAGAAUAAUAAAAUCCAUUUUGAUGUCAGGUAUAUGCCAGGCGUCGGUAAUUUUGAAAUACAAGAGAGUGAAACAUUAGUCGCUAGUGGAAGAGUUAUUUGCUUAAAAAGCAGUGAUCUUACCAGUUAUAAUACUGAUUUAGACUUCAGUACUGAAGAGUUUCAGCUGAAAUCAUCAGAUGUGUAUAAAGAAUUGAGACUUAGAGGGUAUGACUACGGCAGCACAUUCCAAGGCAUUAAAGAGGCUGAUAUGUCAGGAGUGCAUGGUAAAUUGUUGUGGACGGGAAAAUGGGUGUCUUUCCUCGAUUCAAUGUUGCAGAUGACGAUCCUAUCACAACCAGGCCAUGGUCUUUGCUUGCCUACAAAAAUCAAAACUAUUACCAUAGACCCACUAAUGCAUCAGCGAAAAUUUGUUGAUUUAGACGAUGAUCAGAAAGGAGUCUAUGUAGUAGUUGACAAGUAUUGUGACACAUGCACAUCUGGAGGAGUAAUGAUCCGUGGACUUCACGCAACAUCAGUUUCACGUCGUUAUGACUACCGUCAGCCAAUCACAGAGAAGUAUAGUUUCGUACCUUACCAAUCACAUAUUCCAGUACAGGUGUCCGACUCCAUGCAGCAGUAUGCCAGUCAGUGUAUACAGUACGCCCACAAAGGUCUAACUAAUCUUCUAACACUUCAUGGAAACAAUGCGUUCAGUAACAAACAACAUAUUAGAGACGUUGUUGAGCAGUCAGUAGAAGGAAAAGCUCGAACAGUUGAAAUUCCGUCAGAAUAUGACUGCCAUGGUUACCUUUCUGUUUUACAGAAACUCUUCAGCGUUGAUUUCGAUGGGAAGUUUGCUGAUUAUGUUGAUCUGCUUGUAACAGGUAAUCGGGAAUCUAUAAUAACAGAUCAGUUGCUAAAUAUUCUUACCACACCUGAAACAUUGAAACCGUGUUUUGAUCUGGUCGUGGAAAAUACUUUGAAUAAACACUUGAAUGUUUUGGAAGUGUCGGACUCUGGAUUGACUUGUCAUUUAAUACCAUUUGUUACCAGUCAUCUGUUGUUACAAGCAUCUUUCACUAUUGCCACAGCAACGGAAAAUGCUAGCUCAGAGAAUGUUGAGGUAAUAAACUGGUUGCCAAGUGAGAAACCUCUUCAGUCACUUCAGCAUAGCAUACAUUUAGUGGUUGCCAAUAACAUUCUUCAUAAACAGUCAAACAUCAGAUUAUGUCUGUCCAAUAUAUCAGAAUGUCUGAAGAUUGGAGGAUUUAUCCUAGUACAGGAGGUCACCAAGAACUUCCAUCUUGCCUUUCCUCUGGAUGGUUUUACCAAGGACGACUUAUAUAAUGAUCUCAGCAGCAGAAGUUGCAGUAUUUACUGUACAGCUGAGAAAUGGAGGAAAAUAUUCUCACAAGAGGGUUUAGAGAUUAUUUUUGAAAGAUCUGAUCCUUACCUAAAUACUGUGUUUUUAGUAAGGAAAGUCGCAAAUUAUUCUGCUCCUCAGAAAAUUGUACAUGUGACAGAUCUUGAUUGUACCUGGGUGAACAGUCUGAAGGAAGAAAUAAUGUUACUGCAUUCGAAACCCAAGGGAGAAAACUUGUGGUUGGUAUCGGAUAAGAAUUGCAAUGGCAUUGUUGGAAUGGUGAAUUGUCUGCGGCAAGAACCUGGCGGUGACAGAGUGAGAUGUCUCUUCAAUAUGGACAAUGCACCACUACAAGAAAUUGACAAUUUUGUGAAAGAUUUGUCAAAGAAAGAUCUGGUCAUGAAUAUCUAUAACAAUGGUGUAUUGGGAUCAUUUAGGCACAUGCCUUUACCUACAGCUACACUCGUCCAGACAGAACAUGCAUUUGUGAAUGUUUUGAAGAAAGGAGAUCUGUCAAGUUUAACGUGGAUUGAGUCACCUCUCCGUUACUACAAACAAACUGUCCAUUCCCACUCAGAAUUAUGCAGAGUUCAUUACGCCUCCCUCAAUUUCAGAGAUAUAAUGCUUGCUACAGGAAAGCUCCCGCCUGACGCUAUCCCAGGAGACAUUGCAAGCCAGGAGUGCAUGCUGGGAAUGGAAUUUUCAGGAACAAAUUCAAAUGGCAAAUGUGUCAUGGGCCUAGUGCCAACAAAAGGUCUUGCCACAGUGGUUGAUGUAAACAGACAUUUUAUCUGGCCUGUACCUGAUUCCUGGUCACUAGAAGAUGCAGCAACUGUCCCAUUGGUCUACACAACAGCUUACUAUGCUCUGGUUGUCAGGGGUAACAUCCGUCGUGGCGAAAAGAUCCUCAUUCAUUCUGGUAGUGGAGGAGUUGGUCAGGCAGCUAUAGCUAUUGCUCUCAGCUAUGGGUGUGAGGUGUUUACAACUGUAGGCUCUCAGGAAAAAAGAAAUUAUCUGAAGUUGAGAUUCCCUCAGCUUACUGUCAAGCAUUUCUUUAAUUCUAGGGACACUACAUUUGAAAAUGGCAUCCUUGUUGCCACAAGAGGAAAAGGAGUUGAUAUUGUAUUGAAUUCCCUUGCUGGAGAGAAAUUACAGGCUAGUCUUAGAGUCCUCGCUCAACAUGGACGUUUCUUGGAAAUUGGAAAGUUUGAUCUUUCAAAUAACACUUCCCUUGGAAUGUCAGUAUUUCUCAAGAACAUUAGUUUCCAUGGUAUUCUGCUGGAUUCUUUGUUUGAAGAAGGGAACUCAGACUGGUUUGCAGUUUCUCGCUGUCUAACAGAAGGAAUACAGUCUGGAAUUGUACUGCCAUUGAAAGCUGCAGUGUUUGACAGGAAUAAUGUUGAGGAAGCAUUUAGAUUCAUGGCUCAUGGGAGACAUAUUGGAAAGGUUUUGGUUAAGGUUCAAGACAGUGAAUUAACUGUUCCAUUAAGUAUACCGGCGUUACCACGUGUUGCGUGUGACCCUAGAAAAUGUUACAUAAUUACCGGUGGUCUAGGGGGAUUAGGUCUGGAACUAGCCCAGUGGCUGGUCGACCGAGGGGCCACAAGUCUCAUACUAACAUCAAGAUCUGGAGUAAGGACAGGGUAUCAGAAAAGAAAAAUGAAGUUUUUACAGAGUUCUGGAGUGGAAGUUGUUGUGUCAACAAAAAAUGUGACAAGUAAAGAUGAUGUUAGAAAUCUGCUUAUGGACACCAGUUGUAAACUAGUUGGAGGAGUAUUUCAUCUUGCAAUGGUGCUAAUUGAUGGGUACUUUGAAAACUUGGACCAACAAAGUUUCCUGAAAGUGUGUGAGCCUAAAGUGACAGGAACUGUAAAUUUGGAUCAGGGUACCAGAAAGUUUACUAAGGAGAGUUGUGAUUGGUUUGUUGUGUUCUCGUCUGUCUUUUGUGGCCGUGGCAAUCCAGGUCAAUCAAAUUAUGGCUUUGCUAACUCGGUAAUGGAGAGAAUUUGUGAGAAAAGAAAUAAGGACGGACUACAAGGACUAGCAAUUCAGUGGGGUACUGUCGGUGAUGUUGGAAUUGUUCCUGACUCAAUGGGAGACCAUGACACCGUGAUAAAUGGAACAAUUCCACUGCGCGUCCAUACCUGUCUGAAGAGUCUCGACCUAUUCCUUACCCAAUCAGAACCUGUUGUUUCGUGUUUUGUUCCGGCAGAUAAACAGACCGGUAGUAAUAGUGCUGGUGAUAAUAAAUCUGAUCUUGUGCUUGCUGUUUGCCAUAUUCUAGGAAUCAGUGAACCAAUUACUUUUAACCCGGACUCCAGCUUAGGUGACCUUGGCUUAGAUUCAAUGAUGAGUGCGGAGGUCAAACAGAUUCUUGAGAGAGACUUUGAUAUUGUCAUGGAUACAAGGGAAAUUAGGUAUUUGACUGUUAAUAAACUGAGGAACAUAGCAAGCAAUGAUCGUACUGCAGCAGACAAAAAAUCUGCGGAACAUACGGCAGCCGAUAGUGAUAGAAGUGUCGAGGAGUUGACGCCUAAAUAACUUACUGGUAAAGAUGAAUAGCAAGUCAGCUAGCUCUGUACCUAUCUUCACAAUAUAUCAAUUGUGUUUUUAAAAACUCCAUGGUGUUUGUUCUAUGGUGUUUGCUUAGUCUCAAGAGAUCUAAACACACUCCACUUUUGAUGUUAAAAAAACUUUCAAAGAAUAGAACAUUCUAUUGUCGCCGAGGACAUUUACCAAGAAAAUACCGGAGGUGUUAUGUCAAUUUACUGUUUUUAAAUAAUAUCAAGAUAAAAAUGGAACAUUUUAAAAAUAUUCCAUGCACUUGAUACAUUGACAAACAUCCUCCUGUAAACAUUAUAGAUUUUUGCAUUGGCAACAAACUACUUAAUUUUGUCCAAAAGCAUGGUUCCAAUGUCCACAACCAGUUUUCCAUGAAUAUCUAUAAAGAACAGAAGGGACGUCUUAUGUAAUGGCGCAGGUCGUCUGUACAUCUGUAUGGACGUCCGUUUGUUAGCAAUUUCGUUUCCGCUCAAUAGCUUAAGACUGCUUUGAUAUAUGAUACUUAAGUAUGUUGUGGACAUUGCUCAUGGGCAGUGGAUGAGCACUAUUGAGACAUGAACUUGCAUAAUUGGUGUAUUUAAGUGUUAACUAGAAAUAAGUAGGUAUGUGGUUGGCAGAAAUAUGACGUCAUGCUUUAAAUUUGACAUGAAUAUGUAUGUAUGACUGUACUACUAAAAGUGCAGAAUGUAUGUAUCGAGAUGCCAUUUUUCAUGGUGUGUAAUUAUUUAGAAGACAGCUUAAAAUGUGUGGGGUACUUUAAAGUGCACUGUGAACGUAAUGAUUAAGAUGUCACUUUGUAUGUAGCUGAUACUUUAGAAAACGUUGAACUAUGUAAGUAAUGACUGGCUUACAUUUGUAGUGUUUGUGUGUCCCUCGUAUCAGAAGACAGUGUUUGAGUGUUUAAUGAUCGGGUGACAUUCUAGAAAUGUCUGGUAUUUCUUUUUAAGACAGUGCACCAUAAUUAUAAGGUGACAUUUUGUAUGUGGCAAAUACUUUUUAUAUAUGUGGCAAAUACUUUUUAUAACACAUUGCAGUUUGUACAUUUUUAUAAGACAGUUUCAUUUUGUUGUGUUAAUUAGCCUGGUACCUAGUAAAAGACAGCGCACGGUGGACAUUCUUCCUUAUACAACAGUACUGUAUGCUUGUACUUCUUUGUAAGACAGCGCACAGUUUAUGUAAUGUACAAUUUUAUAUGUAUGCAUUACAUCAUUAUAAGACAGUGAAGUGCAUACUUUGUGUCUGGUAUUUUUUAAUGAGACAGAGUGCACUAUAUAUGUAAUGAGAUGUCAUUUUGUAUGCGCUUUGUUCUUAUCAGACUGUUUACUGCAAAGAAAAAGAACCGUUUUGUAUGCGACUGGUGGGUCACUAAAUAAAUAUGUAUUGAUGUACCACUACCAUUUUCUAUACGUGUGGUACAAAUAUUAAAGACAUACAAUACAUGCCAUGGGUUAUCACUAGGCUACUGUGACAACUUUAACAUUUGGGUAUACACAUUGUUUAAAGUGUGUGGAUGUGGAUUCCAUACUUAUUUAUUUAUUUGGGUUUUACGGCGCACCAACACAGUCCAUACAGUCGACGUGGAAAUCACAGUUUUUCUCUUCCUUUCAUGUAGUGUUCUUUGGAAGUAGUGAGAAGUGCGUGACCUAACGGUGGUUGUUGGAACAUUUAAAGGUUCUAAUAUUUAAAAAAUUACAUAUAUUUUCCGUAGGCAACGUCUGGUAAAAUGCAUAUAUCUUAAAUAACGAUGUGACGUAUGAAAACAAACGCCACAGUUGGAGAUUUGUGACCUUUCAGGUCAUUUAAUGCGUGAUACUUAAGAAAUAAUAUAUCCCAAACAGUGAUUUAUCGUUGAAUAAAGUCACUGUUUUGGGUUCAGAUACAAAUGAAUUACAUCACGAGGGCGCAGCCCCAGUGAUAUAACAAUACGCAUCUGAACGACAAACAAUAAUUUUAUUCAAGUUUGAAAUAUAUUAUUUCAAUUGUAACACGCCAUCAAGGAUUAUCAUCUAGAAUAUUUGAAGAUGUUCAACACAUAUUUGCCAGUUUAAUUCCAUUUUUAGUGCACCGUUAUGACAUUUGGCUCUAAUACUUGUGACGUGCAAACAGUGCACGUAUUGCAUUUUAACACACAGUUUCAGUCUUCUUUGUUUCAUAGGGAAAUAAAUCAGGUUGUGUUAGAUUUCUGAUGUAAGUGUCAAAUUUAUACUUAUCUAUUACAAGAAACACAGAAAGGUAUUUCAUUUUUAUUCAAAUUACUCAGAAAACUAUUCUCACAUGUUUGAAUAAAAAUAUUAACUUUUAAAAACCAAAAGCUGUAACAAUUUUACCAUAAUGCAAAUAAUACUGCUGUAUAUAUCUUUUGGCUAAUUUCAUUUAUACUGUGAAAUCGUUUUAUUUUGUUUACACAAAAUACUGUAAAGGCAGAAAUUUUCGCGAAAUUUUAAUUUUCGCUAUAUUUGCGAGGCCCUAUAUCUCGCGAAAAUUAAUCCUCGCGUAACUAUUCACCGCUAGUGUAAUUCAAAUUCAAGUACGAUAUCAUUUUUACAAUUUCGCGAAUAUUAAACCUCGCGAACAUACUCAAAUUCGCGAAGUUUUGACCCAGCAAAAAUAUGUGCUUAUACAGUACGCUAGCGUUGGCUUGCAUGGUUUCUUGAAUUUCGUUUGUUCAUAGGGACUUAAUAUCAUCAGUAGAUCUAGAUUUAUCUAAAACGAUUUCACAGUAUACUGGUAAUAAUAUGCUAGUAAUUGUUAAAUGCAUACGAAGGAAAAUAUAUUCAUAGAU